AUGAGCACCAUGAGGUUCUGCCGUGAAUGCAACAGCAUACUGUAUCCCAAGGAGGACAGGCAGAACAAGGUGCUUCUCUACGCCUGCAGGAACUGCGAGCAUCAGGAGGUGGCGGACAGCAACUGCGUGUACCGGAACGUGGUGGACCACGCCGCCGGCGAGCUCACGCAGGUGCUGUUCGAGGACGUGGCCUCCGACCCGACGCUGCCGCGCACCAAGUCCGUCCGCUGCGCCGCCUGCGGCCACGGCGAGGCCGUCUUCUUCCAGAUCUGCAGGGUCAUGGGCUCAUGCAUGGAUGUCAGUUUUAUUGAUUAA